AUGUUUUUAUUCGAUAUUUAUAAUAAUAUUUUAUAUUAUACAAAAGAAUUUAUAGUUACAAGUACAAGUCCAAAUCUUUUCAUCCAUGGAUUGAUGGCAGUAUUUAUAAUAUAUCUUCUUACAAAGAGACCAUUUAAACCAAGACAAAAUGAUACAUUAACUAAAGCAGAAGAGGAUGAAUUAAUUCGUGAAUGGUCACCAAUUCCAUUAACACCAAAAUCUAAUCCAUUAGAAGUUUUAAAUCAAACUGAAUUAAUCAUUCAAGAAUCUGAAGGUACUCAUGUAACAAUUAAUAAUAAAAAAUAUUUAAAUCUUGCAAGAUCAAAUUAUUUAGGUUUAAUUAAUAAUCCUGAAAUUAAUAAAAUUUCAGAGAAUGCAAUUAGAAAAUAUGGUGUUGGUUCAUGUGGACCACGUGGUUUUUAUGGUACAAUUGAUGUUCAUUUAGAUCUUGAAAAGAAAACAGCAUCUUUUAUGAAAACACCAGAAGCAGUUUUAUACUCUUCUGCUUAUGCUACAAUUUCAUCUGCAAUUCCAUCUUUUUCAAAAAUUGGUGAUAUUAUUAUUGUUGAUAGAGGUGUAUCACAACCAGUUCAAGUUGGUGUUUCAUUAUCACGUAGUAGAAUUUAUUAUUUUAAUCAUAAUGAUAUGGAUGAUCUUCAAAGAGUUUUAGAACAAACUCAAUUUAAAGGUAGUAAAGCAAAGAUCGUUAGAAAAUUCGUUGUUAUUGAAGGUCUUUACUAUAAUUCCGGUACAAUUGCACCAUUACCACAAAUUUUAAAAUUUAAAGAACAAUAUAAAUUUAGAUUAAUUAUGGAUGAAUCUCAUUCUGUUGGUGUUUUAGGUUCAACUGGUAGAGGUUUAACAGAGCAUUAUAAUAUUGAUACAAAUUUAGUUGAUAUUUUAACAGGAUCAUAUGGUAAUUCAUUUAGUUCAGGUGGUGGAUUUUGUUGUGGUUCACCAGAGGUAGUUUAUCAUCAAAGAUUGAAUGGUGUUGGUUAUGUAUUUUCAGCAUCAUUACCACCAUUUUUAGCAUGUUCAUCAACUAAAGCCAUUGAGAUGUUGGAAGAGAAUCCAAAAAUGUUGGAGAUGUUACAUUCUAAUAUUGGUGAACUAUAUCAAGGUUUAAAUAAGAGUGGUGCAUUAAAUGGGUUAUUGGAGAUCACUUCUUUACCAAUUUCACCUGUUAUUCAUUUAUCCCUAUUAGAUUCAAAAUCAAAUAAAUCAAAUAGAAUAAAUGAUGAAUUAUUAUUACAAAAGAUUGUCGAUAAAGCAAUGGAUUAUGGUUUAUUAUUAACUCGUGCUAAAUAUGUUUCUGCUGAAAAAUUCAUUCCAAAACCAUCAAUUCGUAUCUCUGUUUCUUCAAAUUUAUCUUCUGAUCAAAUUAAACAAUCAAUUGAAAUCAUUAAAAAAUGUACAUCAUUUGUACUUGAAUCAAAUUAA